AUGGAUCACACGGAGGCGUUGCCCGACGACGCGCUCGCGGCGAUCCUCAGCCGCCUCCAGCCGCAUGACCUCGCCGCGUCCCGGUGCGUGCGCAGGGCAUGGCGCGCCGUCGUGGACGCCCGGGGGCUGCUGCUCCCGCACCUCCUCCGGCACUUCGUGGAGGGCAUCUUCGCCAACUACACCGACCACCACCGCCCACAAUUCCUUGCCGGCCCCUCCACGCAGCACCCCCGUGUCGACUACGGCAACCUCCACUUCCUGCCCGACUACACAGAAGGCCAUAGAAAGAUCGUGGACCACUGCAAUGGUCUCCUGCUCUACGGCGACACGUCGGAGUUUUUUGUGGCCAACCCCGCCACGCGGCGGUGGCAGCGCCUGCCUGAAACGCACAAUGAUGGGGAAUGCCGUGAAGCAUAUCUCGCGUUUGACCCUGCCGCGUCGCCGCACUACGAUGUGUUCUUGAUCCCUCCUAAGGAUCUAGGGCUGUUCGAUGUGUCGGACUGCAAGUUGGCAGAGGUUCAGCCAGAACAGCUCGCCGAAGAAAACUUCACGAUAAGUUCAGGCUACACGUCGGAACUUCACGAUAAGUGGAGCACCGAGGUUUCGCAACACUCGACGGAAUGGCCACCGGCCGUGUUAACGCUGGACGUUUUCUCAUCAAGGGCAGGAGAAUGGCAGGAGAGGUCGUUUGUCAGGGAAGGCAGUGCUACGAGGAGAGUCGUCAACGUGCGGGGUUCACUGCCGUUCACGAGCAUUGGGGUGACAAGAUGGCGCUACGGCGCCUACUGGCGAGGAGCAUUACAUGUGCUGCUUUAUGGCGGUGCAUUUGUCACAAGGUACAUCAUUAAUCUAAAAUGUUAA